AUGGUCCGCCAAAACUUCCUCGCAUUGCUUGCUGUUUCAUCUGCUGUCGUGGCCCACGGCGCUGUUGUUGCCAUCCAGCGUGAUGUAGCGUUCAGUGAUAUCACUGCAGACGCCGCUUCGCUGUUCGGUGAUGCCACGAGCAAGGUCAACUCUGCAUUCCAAGUGGCCACGAGCAGGAUCGGGUCUGCAUUCGGACAUACAUCGCUUCCUUCUGGAUUUGUGCAGACUGUAACCUCCGACGCGGGUCACAUCGAGAGCAUCAUCACUAGCUUAGGAGGGGAAGCAAUCACUCUGGCUAGCUCCGGACAAGGCGUGGUCACUUCCUUCGCCGGCACUCACUUCACCAUAGCCACUAGUUCCCCAACCCCCACAGCUUCCUCCGGCUCUUCCGCGCUAGCUACAUCCUCUUCAUCAAGUGGUUUCGUAACUUCCGCUACCUCUCGUCCAGUCACGAGCACCAGCAGCGCUGCUCCCAGCUCUACUGCGUCUCAGAAGAACAGUGCUGGUAGUGUCCAAUUUGCCAACAAGAUGACGACGAUGGUGCCUAUCGCUGCGACACUCGCGGCUCUGGUUGGCAGUGCAGUGGCCGGUGCUUUCGUUGUUUUAUGA